AUGCGUACGAAGUCUCUAUUUUAUGGAUUACCUCAUAUUCCGAGAUGGAAAAUAAUUCGGUUGAUGGAUUAUGAAUCCAAAUAUCAAUUGGGAAAAUGCUCAAAACGUACAUACAAUAUUAUCGAUUCAAUCAUCUUUCCUCUUGAUAAAAUAAUAUUCAGAUCAAGACCUAGAAGUAUUGAAAUAGAAAUAGUUAAUAAUUUUGGAGGUCUCCCAAUUUAUUGCAUUUUUUCAAAACGAGACAAUGAGAAUUGUGAGAGGAGUAUUGAUGGAUGCAAGUCGAUUGUAAGAGGGGAUUUUGUGACAAUUGCAUUGAUGGAAUUGAGGAAAAUAUUCUGUUACAAAAAGUCAAGAACCCGUGUUAUCAACAUAGAAGAAACAUUCGAAAACAAUACAAGAAGUACGCUAAUCAGUAAAAUCACAUCCGUUCUGUCAUCUCUUGGACAUCAAUUUGGACCUAGAACUGAACUGCAUAUUUUGAAAGAUAUUGUUAAAUUGGAACAAUGGAAGAAAGUGCAGUCUGUAUACAUUUGUCAUGACCAACUUGAUGUACCAGUUGAAAGUAUUAAACAUCUUUCGUAUUAUCAUAAUGAACGACAGAAAACUUCAAUGGAGAUCAAAACAAUAAUUGAGAACUAUUUCGAUUCGGAGUUCUUUGUCAGAGCAAGAUUGAAGUGCCAAGAGAAUCCAUUUAAUUCUGAUUUUGAUCUACCAUUUCAUUUCAAUCCUUCAACUCAAAUAUACAGAUUUCAAAAAGGGGAAACUGCAUUUUCAGCCAAAACAACUCCUGACGGAUUUGUUUUUGUUCGAAAACAUAAAAACAUCAAUCACCUGCUCACUCCACAUUAUGUCAUAUCAAAAAGUGGUUUGUUGCUGCGUCGCAAAUGUUACGCAAUUUGGAAAAAACUGCCACCUGGUUGUGAGACAUACGCCUCGAGAUACUUAAGUUGUAUCAGGGAGUGUGAGAAGCUUUACAAAGAAAACAUAGAACUGAAAGUGGCAGCAUGUCUUUUUGUUGCUUGUCAUCAUUUGAACUCAACAAAUUCGAUCAUUGAUAUUUCUGAAGUUUUUGGAGUUUCUGUAGAAGAAAUAGUGAGAUUCGCCAUACUAGUUGUAACCUGUAGAAUCCCUAUGAAUAUAGCAGCUGCCACAAUCUACAUGACAACUAAAGUGACUUCCGAGAAACGGACAAUCAUAGAGAUUGGAGAGAAGACUAAGACGGGAGUGGCAUCGAAUCUCGAAUUAUUCGAAAUAAUGUGGGCUGAAAAGGCUGAAUUGUUACCAGAAUAA